AUGGAAACGUGGUUUUGGGUUCUUGCUUGGUUCCUUUCUUUCCUCACGAUGGUUGAAAAUGCAUUUGUCAUCUUCCUCGUCUGUGGUAAACGUCAGCUUCGCACCAAAACCAACGCAUUCAUCGUGUCUUUAGCAGUGGCUGAUUUUUGUGUUGGUAUGAUAGCCGUCCCUUCGCAUUUUCUCUGCACCAUGGCGAAUGAGUGCACCUCCAGUGAGACAACAAACCUACUUCUGAUUUAUGUAAGAGUUUUCAUAGUGUACGCAUCUGGAUCAAACAUGUUUAGUUUGGUAUUGGAACGAUAUGUCGCCAUGGUGAAGCCUCUGAAAUACUUGACUCUUAUGACGAGCCGCCGUGUCAUUCAAAUGGUUUUCUUUUCUUGGGGAAUUCCUUUUCUAUUCAUUAUGGUUAUAUCGGCGAUCAGAUUCAAUUUGAUCUAUCGUAUUAGCGGCUAUGUGUAUUUGCUUUUCGAGGUAAUGUUAUGCGCACUUUUAAUGUUUUGCCUUGCAUCCAUUUUUUUUCUUGUUUACAAGCAGAACUCGAGAGAGCGUGUUUUAGUAAAGCAAUUGCAGUACAAUCAGCGGGUCGCUAGGGUGAAAAGUGAGGAUAAGUCAGCAGUAAAAUGGGUCGCAUUGGUAACGUGUGUGUUUCUGUUGUGUCACGGAUUACUGAUACGUUGUAGUGUAUUAGUUUUAACUGGUCAUCUUUGUAACGAUUUUCGUUACAAAGUACCUCUACAAGUUAUUAACUCUGGAAUAAACCCUAUAGCUUAUGCUUUCUUUAAAAGAGAUAUUAGGCGAGAAUGUAAGAGGCUUCUCUUCAAGAGGCAUCUUUGAUUUAAUGCACAGCCUCCGCUCGUACUUAAGCAAGAACAAUUUCAGUUGAUGCAUAGACCUUUUUUGACAAUACUUCUUGUAGAAAGUUACAAUUUUCGGUUGUAGAUCCAUUGAUGAUAUAUAAAUUCUUAUUUCAACUUAUGGUUAGCUCAAAAAAUCCCAAUGAAACAAAAAAUAACACAAGUAUGUAAGAAUGCAGAGGUUAUUUUACCUAACUCUCUCAGAUUUAAGACCAGAUAUCGAUGUUUUCGAAGCUUUUCCUACUGCAGAGAGCUGGUACGUAAUAUUGGACUGAAAGAACUGGACUGAAAUUUCACUCGUCGAAACCACGCCUAGCACGACGAACAGUAAUGCUCUAACUUGGCUGAGUUUUCAAAGCAGACAAAACACUUUUAACAGCUUAUCAUCGCCUUGUAUGACAGUCAAAAAUGCGUGCAGGAGUUACACGUGAAGAUAAUUAUAUCUUAAGAAAUUGAUAAAUUAUAGUAUGUAUCUGUGUUAACCUUUAGGCAUUGUGAAACAAAAAGGAACAUCUGUCCAUAAGAAACAAGGGAGCUAUUUUUGUCCUUUCAUGUUUGUACCUCGAUGAAUUUAAAUGACAAAGUAAUAAUAAAGUCCAUUUCCAUCUAAGUCCUGCUCCGAAUCUGGUUAAUCUAUUUGCAAUUUACCUUUGAUCAAAACUGGAUCGUGAUAUUUACGACUGUUCCUUUCAAAUGCUUUGGACACUUUUACUAAAUUACUUUCACUCCAUGAUAAACAUACAGUGACAGAACUGCGCAGGCGCCGAGUAUGGCGGCCACGAGGAUAUUGGCUCCUCUUCUAUUAGCUAUUUUAAUCAAUUUUAAGCUUCAAUUUUAUUACAAUAUAUACUUGGAUGAAGACUUUGACUCUCUCAAGCCUAUUUGGAGAGGAAAAAGUUCGGUUGGUUGCGACGUCUUUGGAAUUUCCUUCUCAGCUCGUAAGUGCUACUCAACAAGGGCGCAUCGCCAUGAUAGACUUCGAAGGCCUAUCAUGAAAUGGGUUAAACAUGGUUAUAUACUGCUUGCGGCGACGGAUUGCUCCCUGUUAACGAUAGACAUUACAGUUUUUAUGGAUGUGGAGACGAACCCUGGUCCUAUUUCUUCAGAGAAGAGCUAUGAUCUACGAAAGCAAACCUGGUCUGACGAAAGUAAGAUUCCAUGUUAUGGAAGAAACUAUUUACUCGGUUUGAGAAAGAAAUCUGGUAAACCUUCGAACCCUGUCUUAGAGACGCUUAAGAAACUACAGCUGCUCAGGUUUCGUGGUAAUCGGGGAGGUUUGAGAAAAAAUGUUCAGCAUGUGAAGGAGAGAACUAUUCAGAAUAUUUCUGUCGUCAUUGGACGAAGGGCGGAAAGUGGGUUUGCUAUUCCCCGGCUGCGGGUUGAAAAACGACGAAACCCUAGCAAUCUCGUCAGUGUACCAAAACAAGUGGUGUCCCGCGAACACACCUCUGUUAGUUCUGGUCAGCUUGCUGUCCCUAAACUUUUGUUUAUUAACAUCUGUAGUUUGGGGAAAACAACUAGUCGGGUGCGAGCGGUUGUGGCUUUGGAGGCCGACUUAAGAAAUAAUGACAUCGAUGCUUGUGUUGUGUCGGAAACUCAUUUAAAAAUUGAGGUACCCGAUACGGUGGUUAAUAUCUCGGGUUAUAAUAUCUUCAGAAGGGAUAGGAAUUGGUCUGGAUGCGAUCUAAGGAAUGGGGGAGGUGUUGCUAUCUAUACAAGGAGUAAUCUUUCAGUUAUUGAUGUUUAUCGUUCUAAUUUAUACGAGUUUAUUUGCCUGACUGUGUUGCUGCCAAGUGGGAAUUACAUUCUUUUAUCUGGUCUUUAUCACCCCCCGAAAACAUCAUACCAGCAAUGCGAUUUAAUGGAUUAUCUUCUUAAUUUCUUUGACACAAUGCUGGAUAAUCACCCAAACGCUACUAUUGUUUGCGGUGGCGAUCUUAAUCACCUUGAUCUCACGAGACUUAAACGCAUUACUGGUUGGACCGCUUUAGUGGAUUAACCAUUCUUGGUCUCACGUUUCAGCCGAACUGCAAAUUCAGUACUCACCUAAAAGAAAAGUUAGGUAAAGCUAAUAAAUGUUUAUACGUUAUCAGAUGCCUCCGCAAAGAAGGAUGUAGCCAAGCAGAAGUAGAUGUUUUAUUUAAUUCCAUUGUCCUACCUAAUAUUACUUAUGCUCUAUCUGUGCAUGGGGCCUCUGAGUCAGAGCUAACUAUAGCCCAGCAGUUUUUAGAUCGUUGUUUUAAACGUAGUUACAUAUCUAAGAAAUUAGUGAUAGGUGACUUACUUAAAACGCAAGAUCACAAAAUUUGUCGCAAGGUUUCAACUAUCCUGAGCCAUCCUCUUAGAGCCUACUUCCCUGAGACCAAGAUCACGAGGUAUAAUUUGAGAAAUAAAUCCCCUGUCAUGCCCGCCAUUCGCACAAACCGUUUUAAGAAUACGUUUUUUAAUAGAAUUGUUUUUAAGUACAAUGUAGCUUUGUAAAAGUGUACUUCCUGUAUUAGACUUUUGUAUUUGUUUCCACGUAUAUACUUAUCUUAUUUAGAUACACCUAAGCUUAUUUACAUCCUUUUUUAAUGUAACAUAAGAUAUGUAAUUUUAUCUUUUGAACAAUAAAGACACACGACACACGACUACAUAUAUGUUCAUAUGCAACCGUUUUCAAACAUGUUGCAAUAUGAAAAACAUUUUUAUUGUUAUUUUGGCAGCAGCUAUUAUAUUUUUAAUUUAUCCCGUCAACAGCUUUUUCAUGGGAAAAGGAAAGGUGUAUAUUUUUCAUAUUUAUUUUUCCAAAUUGCAUUGCCUUUGUCGUUGGAUUGCCUUUGUCGUUGGUCUUAACUCGGUGACGAAAUUUUGAAAUAAUCAGAGCAGCACUAAUCACUUUCUGAUUGUCUAUACUCAUGAAAAAUUACUUAAUAUGUGAAACUGCGUGCGUAAAUCUGAAAGCAAGUUUUAAAGUUUGUAUUUUAUUCUUGUAGAAGACGUCAGCUUCAGACCAAAUCCAACACAUUCAUCGCGUCUUUCGCAAUGGCUGAUUUUUGUGUUGGGAUGAUUGCUGUUCAUUCACCUUUCAUUUGCAACCUUACAAAAUAUAACCUACCAAAUAUGGCAGGAUUGCUUGUGCUGUAUAUAAGAAUAUUCAUUGUCUAUGCAUCUGGAUCAAACUUGCUUAGUUUAGUUAUGGAAUGCUAUAUCGCUGUGGUGAAACCCUUGAGAAAUUUGACGCGCCGCAGAGUCACUCAGAUGGUUGUUAUUUCUGGAGGAAUUCCUCUCGCAGUAAUUGUCUUAGCAGUGUCGAUCGACAGAAUACUAAAUGCCGAAGAAAUUCCAUUCGAUGUUACCCUUCUUAUUAUCAGCUUAUCAUUUAUGUCUUUCGAUGUUAUCCUUUGUAUUAUUUUCCUUUUUUUGCGUUUUGUCUACGUUUCUAGUUGUUUAUAACAACCGACGAGGUCGAAGUGUAGUUAAACAGGUGCAGCAUAACGUCCUCAACCAGCGGAUCGAAAUUAAAUCUCAA